AUGGCAUUUCAUGCCGUGGCCGACGUCGUUUUUGGGCUGCGCUUUCCUUUGGGGGCCCUCUCGAGUGACGAGACGUUCGGGCACUUUCGAGCAUGGGCAGCCGGGUGGUUCACUCUGGGCAUGGACCUGCCGUUCUCAACAUACCGCCGGGCGUUGCAGGCCAGGGAGGCUUUGGUGGACGCACUGACCGAGGAACUUGAACACAUUGCCAAACAUCCCGAGUCCGACAGGCAGCCGGGGCUGCGAGAACUGGUGGCCGCUCGCGACAACGACGGCUACAGGCUGAGCACGAGCGAGAUCAUUGCGAACAUAAUUGGGACCAUUUUCGCAGGAUACAGCACCGUUGCCGGCAUGAGCAUGCAGAUGAUGAUGGCAUUGGCAAAGCAUCCGAAGGUGUGGAACAAGCUCAAGGACGAGCAGGAGAGGGUGGUGGCCGAGCUCGGGCCCCAAGUGACCGGCACGGCACUGGGCCGCAUGUCCUACGCGGAGGCCGUGAUCCGGGAGGUCUGCCGCACCGCAAAGUUCGGCCCCCAGUUCAGAUUAGUCACCGAAGCAAUGGACGUGGACGGCUACCACAUACCCAAGGGCUGGCUGCUCGUGCUGUACGCCGCCUUCUCCGAGUGCUACCUCGACGACCGGUGGCCGAUGGAUGACUCAUUCGAUCCGGACAGGCACCUGUCCGUGCCCGACUCGCGGAAGAGGUGGCCCCUGAACUUCGGCUGGGGGCCCCACGUGUGCAUGGGGCGGUUCCUGUCGAUGGUGGAGCUCAAGGCCCUGCUGGCCAGCCUCGCCAGGGGGUACACGGUGGAGCUGCUCGAGCCCGACGCAGAGCUGAGGUUCCCCACUAUGGAGCCCCCGGGGGGGAUGCCGGUCGUCGUGAGGAGGUCGGACGGCUGA